GACAGACCAAACAUAUAAGAAGGAAACCAGAGAUCUGGUGCUAUUACGUCCCAGCGUCUGAGAGAACGAGUAAGCACAGAAUUCAAAGCAUUCUGCAGCCUUAAUUUUUAAGGAGUGUGUUUAGGCACUAAGCAAGCUGAUUUAUGAUUACUGCUUUAAACUUCAACAACCAAAGGCAUAAGAACUAGGAGCUGCUGACAUUUCAAUAUGAAGGGCAACUCCACCCUUGCCACUACUAGCAAAAGCAUUACUAGCAGUCUUCACUUCGGGCUUGUGACCAUCUCUGGCAACAAUGAGUCUACCUUGAACUGUUCACAGAAACCAUCAGAUAAGCAUUUAGAUGCAAUUCCUAUUCUCUACUACAUUAUAUUUGUAAUUGGAUUUCUGGUCAAUAUUGUUGUGGUUACACUGUUUUGUUGUCAAAAGGGUCCUAAAAAGGUUUCUAGCAUUUACAUCUUCAACCUUGCUGUGGCUGACUUACUCCUUUUGGCUACUCUUCCUCUCUGGGCAACCUAUUAUUCUUAUAGAUAUGACUGGCUCUUCGGACCUGUGAUGUGCAAAGUUUUUGGUUCUUUUCUUACUCUGAACAUGUUUGCAAGCAUUUUUUUUAUCACCUGUAUGAGUGUUGAUAGGUACCAAUCCGUUAUCUACCCCUUUCUGUCUCAAAGAAGAAAUCCCUGGCAAGCAUCUUAUAUAGUUCCCCUUGUUUGGUGUAUGGCCUGUUUGUCCUCAUUGCCAACAUUUUAUUUUCGAGAUGUCAGAACCAUUGAAUACUUAGGAGUGAAUGCUUGCAUUAUGGCUUUCCCACCUGAGAAAUAUGCCCAAUGGUCAGCUGGGAUUGCCUUAAUGAAAAAUAUCCUUGGUUUUAUUAUCCCUUUAAUAUUCAUAGCAACAUGCUAUUUUGGAAUUAGAAAACACUUACUGAAGACGAAUAGCUAUGGGAAGAACAGGAUAACCCGAGACCAAGUCCUGAAGAUGGCAGCUGCUGUUGUUCUGGCCUUCAUCAUUUGCUGGCUUCCCUUCCAUGUUCUGACCUUCCUGGAUGCUCUGGCCUGGAUGGGUGUCAUUAAUAGCUGUGAAGUUAUAGCAGUCAUUGACCUGGCACUUCCUUUUGCCAUCCUCCUGGGAUUCACCAACAGCUGCGUUAAUCCAUUUCUCUAUUGUUUUGUUGGAAACCGGUUCCAACAGAAGCUCCGCAGUGUGUUUAGGGCUCCAAUUACUUGGCUCCAAGGGAAAAGAGAGAGUAUGUCUUGCCGGAAAAGCAGUUCUCUUAGAGAAAUGGAGACCUUUGUGUCUUAAACCUGAGAGCAAAAUGCAUGUAACCAACAUGGCUACUUGCUUUGAGGCCCACCAGAAUUAUUUUAAGUGGUUUUAAUUAAAUAAUACAUUUUCCCCUAAUCUAAUCUUUUCUGAAUCUUCUGAAACCAAAUGUAACUAUGUUUUAUCGUCCAGUGACUUUCAGGAGUUGCCCAUUGUUUUUCUGAUAUGUUUGUACAAGAUUGUCAUUGGUGAGACAUAUUUACAACCUAGAAGUAACUGGUGAUAUAUCUCAAAUUGUAAUUAAUAAUAGAUUGUGAAUAAUGAUUUGGGGUUUCAGAUUUCUCUUUGAAACAUGCUUGUGUUUCUUAGUGGGGUUUUAUAUCCAUUUUUAUCAGGAUUUCCUCUUGAACCAGGACCAGUCUUUCAACUCAUUGCAUCAUUUACAAGACAACAUUGUAAGAGAGAUGAGUACUUCUAAGUUGAGUAUAUUAUAAUAGAUUAAUACUGGAUUAUUCAGGCUUUAGGCAUAUACUUCUUUAAAAAGGCUAUAAAUUAUAUUCCUCUUGCAUUUCACUUGAGUGGAAAUUUAUAGCUAAUCUAUAAUUACAUAUUGAGUAGGGCUAGAAAUAUAGAUUAAAUCAUACUCCUAUGUUUUAGCUUAUUUUUACAGUUAUAGAAAGUAAAAUGUACUGUAACAUAGAAUUGUAAUCAAUGAUAUUUGUGUGUUCACUAAACUCUGAAUAAGCACUUUUUCUAAAAAAAAAUCUUUCUAUUCAUUUUAAUGAAUGUUUAAAGGUUGCUAUUUUCUCUGAUACUUUUUUGAAAUCAAUAAACACUGUGUAUUGUUAUAAAAUGUAAAGGUCACUUUUUACAUCCUUGACUUCUUAGAUGUGGUGCUUUGAUAUACAGGACACUGAUUUGAUUUUUAUUAUUAAUGCUUUCGUUCUGGGUUGUUUCCUAAAAUAUCUGGGUGGCUUUAAAAAAAAAACUCUUUAACUUGUAACAAACCCUUAACUGGCAUAGGAAAUGGUAUCCAGAACGGAAUUUUGCUACAUGGGGUCUGGGUGUGGGGUGAAGAGACCCAGUCAAUUACAUGUUUGGUACCAAGAAAGGAACCUGUCAGGGCAGUGCAAUGUGACUUUGAAAAUAUACACCAUGGGGGUAAUUUUACCCUAUAUCUGUAAACACUAUUUGUUUCAGAAUCUGUAUGAUUGUGUAGAGUUGUUUUAAACCAAUUGCAGGUCUAGAUAUCUCCUUCUCAACACUAUUAAAGCUCCUAAGUUAGAGGAGUGCCUAAAAUUGAGUUACCUAAAGUUUACUUACAUUAAAGUAUGAAUAUUAAUUUUAGAAAUUUGAGACUUCAUUCUGUACCAGCCCUGUAUAAUAACAGGUUAUCUAGGGCCUUCCUCUGAGGUAGGUCUAAAUACUGAUCUCUGAGUUGGAACUGAUGUUUUGGGGGCUCAGCAUCUCUGCCAGGUUCCAGGAUUAUAGACAGAAGAAUCCUGUCAUACCACUUUCUGAAAAAGUCCUAAUUUCAUGUAAUCCUUUUAUUUUCAGUAAAAACAAAUAACUAAAUGUAUAACCAACUAUGAUGUCAUGUUUUAAAUAAUUUUGUAAAACAUCUCAUAUAAAUAAAAUUUUUAAUUGGAAGAAA